AUGGAGCUGGACGAGACUCCACAGAUGCUCCCGCCCCCUCCCGGCAGCUUCAUCGACCGUGAAGAGCUAAUUCAGCACGUUGGUGAGUUUGCUGUCUCACAGGGCUACGUCGUCACAAUCAAGCAGUCCAAAAAAGAAAGAAUCGUGGUCCUUGGAUGUGACAGAGGGGGUGUCUAUCGGGACAGGCGUAAGCCCGCCGAUGAGGCCCAAGCCGAGCCCACUAGAAAAAGGAAGUCCGGUUCCCGGCUUACAAACUGCCCUUUUGAGCUCGUGGGCAAGAAGGAGGACGGCCUGUGGGUCCUCUCUGUUAAGAACAGCUCACACAAUCAUGAGCCGAUGAAGGACAUGUCAGAACAUCCUUCUGCCCGUAGGUUCAACGAGAAGGAAAUUAUACUGAUUAAAGAAAUGACGGAGGCCGGGUUGAAGCCACGUCAGAUACUGAAGAAGCUCAGGCAGACGAAUCCCGAGCUUUCGUCUACGCCUAAGCAUGUUUAUAACGUGAAAGCCAAGCUCCGUCAGGGGAAUCUCACGGUGAGAAGACUGAAGACGUUGACACUCACUGCAGCAGUUGAGGCUUACUCUGAGCCAUCAUCAUCUUCGGAGCCAUCAUGGAAGAGACGUUAUCCACCGAGAGUCCCGAACCUCAUUGGUGGUAGGUUUAUCGAUUCACAAUCAUUAACUUCCAUAGAUGUAUUAAACCCCGCUACACAGCAAGUGCUUGUGCAAGUCCCCUUAUCCACAGGUGAGGAACUUAAGGCUGCAGUAUUUGCAGCGAAAAGAGCUUUCACGUUAUGGCGAAAUACUCCCUUUACAACUCGCCAACGCAUUAUGUUCAAGCUUCAAGAGCUUAUCCGUCGAGAUAUUGAUAAGCUUGCUGCGGUUAUAACAGCAGAACAGGGCAAAACUUUGAAGGAUGCCUUUAAUGACGUGUCCCGUGGGAUUGAGCUUGUUGAACAUGCUUGUGGGAUGGCAAAUUUGCAUUCCGGGGACUUCUUGUCAAAUAUAUCAUAUGGAAUUGACACUUAUAACAUCCGUGAGCCCCUUGGCAUUUGUGCUGGGAUAUGCUCUUUCAAUUUUCCUGCCAUGAUCCCAUUACUUAUGUUUCCAGUAGCCGUUACGUGUGGCAAUACCUUUAUAUUAAAGCCAUCUGAGAAAGCACCAGGGGCUUGUGUACACCUUGCUGAGUUAGCAAUGGAGGCUGGUUUGCCAAGUGGGGUCCUAAAUAUUAUUCAUGGGACUAAUGACAUAAUUGAUGCCAUCUGUGAUGAUGAUGAAAUCAAAGUUGUGUCUUACAUUGGAUCAGAUGCACCCGGGAUGUAUGUUCAUGCAAGGGCAUCUGCAAACUACAAACAUGUUCAGACAAAUGUUGGUGCAAAGAGUCUUGCUGUCAUCAUGCCCGACGCAAAUACGGAUGCUACUUUAAACGCUUUAGUCUCUGCCGGUUUUGGUUCUGCAGUACAGAGGUGUACAUCAAUCAGUACGGUUAUUUCUGUUGGAGGAUCAAAUUCCUGUGUAGACAAACUCGUGGAGCGGGCCAUGGGUCUCACGGUAGGUGCUGGAAGUGAACCAGGUGUGGAUGUUGGUCCUGUGAUCAGCAGGCAGGUUAAGGAGCGCAUAUCCAGAGUCAUCCAAACAUUUGUUGAGAAUGGUGCUCGAUUGGUUCUUGACGGGAGAAAUAUUGUAGUUCCCGGGUUUGAGCGUGGGAACUUUGUUGGGCCGACAAUCUUAACUGAUGUAAGAGAGGACAUGGUUUGUUACAAGGAAGAAAUAUUGGGUCCGGUUCUUCUUUGCAUGAAGGCUACAUGCUUAGAUGAGGCAAUAGGCAUUGUCAACAGAAACAAAAAUGGAAAUGGAGCUUCCAUUUUUACAUCUUCAUAUGCCACUGCAAAGAAAUUUCAGUUUGAGAUCGAGUCUGGGCAGAUUGGUGUGAACGUAGCCAUUGCAGCCCCAUUGCCUUUGUUCUCGUUUGCCGGCUCCAAAGCUUCGUUUACCGGAGAUAUCAAUAUUUAUGGCAAGACCGGAAUCCAAUUCUACACCCGGACGAAAACCGUGACCCAGCAGUGGAGGGACCUCACCAACCGUGGGGCCCACCCAGUGCCCGACGCGAAUGACGAGGACCCCCCACCGAGCGGCGGCGGGGACCACCACGUCGAGUUCCCUCCGGCGGUGGGAUUCCUCCCGGGCGGCGAGGUGCCUCCGGGGGGCCUCCACCCGGUUGGUGGGGAAUUCUCGAGUGGGGUCGUCUCCUUGCCGUUUGGUGGUGGCGCCCACCACAUGCCCUCGGGCCACGAGAGGGCAUCCGUGCCGUUGGGCUCGAGGGAUUUCUUGAGCAGCGAAGGGGAGUCGAUGGUGGAGCCGGCGCACGGUAUACCCGUCGUCGGGGACGGGAUCUCCUCGAUUCCGGCGCUUGAUGCGUCCCAAUGGGCCGUUCGUUUUUAG